AUAAUCGUCCAGCCGAGCACCAGAAUUUACUUAUUGGUUCAUGUUCGAGUACAUUUCACCACUUCACCACGGAACGGCAUCCUUGUUAGGCCAUUCUGCGUCCGAAGGUCUUCUUAUUCCUGGUUUACCUCAUUUAUUACCAACUAAACAAUUAACCAUGCGUGAAUGUAUCUCAAUCCACGUCGGUCAAGCUGGUGUCCAGAUCGGCAACGCCUGCUGGGAAUUGUACUGUCUGGAGCAUGGAAUUCAGCCUGAUGGCCAAAUGCCUUCUGACAAGACUAUUGGAGGAGGGGAUGACUCAUUCAACACCUUUUUCUCUGAAACUGGUUCUGGUAAACAUGUUCCUCGCGCUGUCUUCGUCGACUUGGAGCCCACUGUAGUUGAUGAGGUUCGCACUGGAACCUACCGGCAACUUUUCCAUCCUGAACAACUUAUCACCGGCAAGGAAGAUGCUGCCAACAACUACGCUCGUGGCCAUUAUACCAUCGGAAAGGAGAUUGUUGACCUUGUUCUGGAUCGUAUUCGCAAGCUCUCUGACCAAUGUACCGGACUUCAAGGAUUCUUGAUCUUCCACUCAUUUGGCGGUGGCACCGGCUCUGGUUUCACCUCUCUUUUGAUGGAACGUCUUUCCGUCGACUAUGGCAAGAAAUCUAAACUGGAAUUCGCCAUCUACCCAGCUCCUCAAGUUUCCACCGCUGUUGUCGAACCAUACAACUCCAUUUUGACCACCCACACCACCCUCGAACAUUCCGAUUGCGCUUUUAUGGUUGACAACGAAGCUAUUUAUGACAUCUGCCGUCGCAACUUGGACAUUGAACGCCCGACUUACACCAACCUGAACCGCUUGAUCGGCCAGAUCGUCUCUUCCAUUACGGCUUCUCUUCGCUUCGAUGGCGCUUUGAACGUCGAUUUGACUGAAUUCCAAACUAACUUGGUUCCAUAUCCCCGUAUCCACUUCCCAUUGGUCACCUACGCUCCAGUUAUCUCGGCUGAGAAGGCUUACCACGAACAAUUGACCGUGGCCGAGAUCACUAAUGCUUGUUUUGAGCCGGCCAAUCAGAUGGUCAAAUGCGACCCUCGCCAUGGCAAGUAUAUGGCUUGCUGCAUGUUGUACCGUGGUGACGUUGUUCCUAAGGAUGUUAAUGCUGCCAUUGCUACCAUCAAGACCAAGCGUACUAUCCAGUUUGUUGACUGGUGUCCCACUGGUUUCAAGGUUGGCAUCAAUUAUCAGCCACCCACUGUCGUUCCGGGCGGUGAUUUGGCCAAGGUCUCGCGUGCAGUGUGCAUGUUGUCCAACACGACUGCCAUCGCCGAAGCUUGGGCUCGUCUCGAUCACAAGUUCGACUUGAUGUACGCCAAGCGCGCCUUUGUACACUGGUACGUCGGUGAGGGUAUGGAGGAAGGCGAGUUCUCCGAAGCUCGUGAAGAUCUUGCAGCCCUCGAGAAGGAUUACGAGGAGGUUGGCAUGGACUCCGUUGAAGGCGAAGGCGAAGGCAACGACGAAUAUUAAAGGUAUUCGAUCCAGGUAUUUCUGCGUACCGAAACUUUCCCGCUUCUUCAGAUCUAUCUCGCGAGCUUUUACUAGCACAGCAGAGCAUGCUACACGCGUUCAAUACAAGGAUUUGCAAAUCAA